UAGUAGAGAGUGACUCGAGACUAGUAAUCAACGCGCUCAAUGGGAAGGAGUCCCAUUAAGCUCUUGAGAACUAUGUCUCAUUUUGCUCUAAGUCUUCUCCCUCUUUUAUUAGCUAUAAUUUUAUCAAUGUUAGUAGGUCUUAUAAUUUUGUUUUCCACAACGUGGCUAAGUGGGCUUUUACUCACCAUUUGAACGACUCUAUUUCGAUUUUCUCUUUACCGGAAAACUUAUUUUGUAACUAGCGGGAGUUCAAACUAUUUCGUUUUUAUGAUAAUACGCUACUUUUUUUUUUUAAACAGCCCACCACUAAUCGAUAAAGUUGUUUUCGUAUUGGAAACGUUUGCCACCUGUAAGUGAGUGGUUGACAGUGUGAGAAGAGAAGAGGAAGAAGAGAGUUUAGACAAGAUCCAAUUUAUACAACAAAAUAUAAUAAACCAUUAAACCAUGUGCACCGACAUUAUUCCAAACCUUCAUAUCUACCAUUUAUUAUUCUCCUAUUUCCACUCUUCACUCUUCACCUUCAGGUAGAGAAAAGACAGUACGGCAAUGGCGUAUUGAAGUGGGGGCGAAGAAGAUCAGGCUGAGGAAUCAAGUUGAAGAGAGAGAGUCAUGGAAGCUAAUGCCGGUUUAGUUGCCGGAUCUCAUCGUAGGAAUGAGCUCGUUCGGAUUCGUCACGAUUCCGAUAGUGGGUCGAAACCCGUGGAUGUGAGUGGUCAAAUAUGUAAGAUCUGUGGGGGUGUUGUUGGUCUGACAGCUGAUGGUGAUGUAUUCGUUGCUUGCAAUGAGUGUGCGUACCCAGUUUGCCGGCCUUGUUAUGAAUACGAAAGAAAAGAGGGAGAUCAGUCUUGCCCUAAGUGUAAGACUAGGUAUCAAAGGCUUAAGGGGAGUCCUCGUGUCGAUGGAGAUGAUGAUGAGGAUGGAGAUGAUGAUCUGGAGAAUGAGUUCAAUCCAUCUUCUUCUAGACAUGAGCCGAUUCGCCUCCUCACCAAUGGGCAACCGGUAUCUGGUGAGAUUCCAUUUCCAUGUGCUACAUCUGAUUAUAACCAAUCUGUGAGAACGAAUUCGGGUCCUUUGGGUCCUAAUGGGGACAAGCAUCUUGAUCCUCGGCUUCCAGUUCCAGUGAGAAUUGUGGAUCCAUCAAAAGAUCUGAAUUCGUAUGGGUUAGGGAAUGUUGACUGGAAAGAGAGAGUUGAAGGUUGGAAGCUUAAACAAGAUAAGAAUAUGAUUCAGGUGACCAGCAGAUAUGCAGAUGGAAAGGGAGACAUGGAAGGGACUGGUUCAAAUGGAGAAGAGCUUCAAAUGGCUGAUGAUGAUGCUCGACAACCAUUGAGUCGUGUGGUGCCAAUUUCAUCAUCACAUAUGACUCCUUAUCGUAUUGUGAUCAUACUUCGGCUUAUUAUUCUGGGUUUCUUUUUGCAAUACCGUGCAACUCACCCAGUCAAAGAUGCAUACCCAAUAUGGCUGGUAUCUGUUAUCUGUGAGAUUUGGUUUGCGUUAUCUUGGCUUCUGGAUCAAUUUCCAAAAUGGUGUCCAGUUAACCGUGAGACUUAUCUGGACAGACUUGCAUUGAGGUUUGAUCGCGAAGGUGAACCAUCACAGUUAGCUCCAAUUGAUGUUUUUGUGAGUACUGUGGAUCCCCUCAAGGAGCCUCCACUUGUUACGGCAAACACUGUUUUGUCUAUACUUGCUGUGGAUUAUCCCGUCGACAAAGUCUCUUGUUAUGUAUCAGAUGAUGGUUCGGCGAUGUUGACGUUUGAAUCCCUUUCUGAAACUGCUGAGUUUGCUAGAAAGUGGGUGCCUUUUUGCAAGAAACAUAACAUUGAACCAAGGGCUCCUGAGUUUUAUUUUGCCCAGAAGAUAGACUACUUGAAGGACAAAAUUCAACCUUCUUUUGUGAAAGAGCGACGAGCAAUGAAGAGGGAGUACGAAGAAUAUAAGGUGCGAAUCAAUGCCCUUGUAGCAAAAGCACAGAAGAUGCCUGAGGAAGGUUGGACAAUGCAGGAUGGCACUCCCUGGCCUGGAAAUAAUUCUAGGGAUCAUCCUGGAAUGAUUCAGGUUUUCUUAGGCCAUAACGGGGGCCUUGAUACUGAUGGUAAUGAGUUGCCUCGACUUGUUUAUGUCUCUCGUGAGAAGCGUCCUGGCUUCCAGCAUCACAAGAAAGCCGGAGCAAUGAAUGCUUUGAUUCGCGUGUCGGCUGUCCUUACCAAUGGUGCGUAUCUCUUGAAUGUUGAUUGUGAUCACUACUUCAAUAACAGCAAGGCUCUUAAAGAAGCAAUGUGUUUCAUGAUGGACCCUGCUUAUGGGAAAAAGACCUGUUAUGUACAAUUUCCUCAGCGUUUCGAUGGCAUUGACAAUCACGAUCGAUAUGCAAAUCGAAAUAUUGUCUUCUUUGAUAUCAACUUGAAAGGGCUGGAUGGUAUCCAAGGUCCAGUUUAUGUGGGAACGGGUUGUUGUUUCAACAGGAAAGCUUUAUAUGGGUAUGAUCCUAUAUUAACUGAGAAAGAUUUAGAACCAAACAUUAUUGUGAAGAGCUGUUGUGGAGGUUCAAGAAAGAAAGCAAAACAUAGCAACAAGAAGUACGUUGACAAAAAGAGAGCAGCUAAAAGAACUGAGUCUACUAUUCCGAUUUUCAAUAUGGAAGACAUCGAGGAUGGUAAUGUUGAAGAAGGUUAUGAUGAUGAUGAGGGUCAUAGAGCACUUCUUAUGUCCCAGAAGAGCUUAGAGAAACGUUUUGGACAGUCACCUGUUUUUAUUGCAGCCACAUUCAUGGAACAAGGAGGUAUUCCACCAUCAACCAACCUGGCAACACUACUGAAGGAAGCAAUCCAUGUAAUCAGCUGUGGAUACGAAGACAAGACUGAAUGGGGAAAAGAGAUUGGAUGGAUCUAUGGUUCAGUGACUGAAGAUAUUUUAACUGGGUUUAAGAUGCAUGCUCGUGGCUGGAUUUCGAUAUACUGUAUGCCUCCUCGCCCAGCAUUUAAGGGUUCUGCUCCUAUCAAUCUUUCUGAUCGUUUGAACCAAGUGCUUCGAUGGGCCUUGGGAUCCAUCGAAAUUUUGCUUAGCAGACAUUGCCCCAUUUGGUAUGGUUACAACGGGAAACUCAGACUUUUGGAGCGAUUGGCGUACAUCAACACCAUUGUGUAUCCUCUUACCUCAAUUCCACUACUUUUUUACUGUUGCCUCCCUGCUUUAUGUCUUCUCACUGGGAAGUUUAUUAUUCCGGAGCUAAGCAACUUGGCUAGCAUGUGGUUCAUACUGCUUUUCGUCUCCAUUUUCACUACUGGAAUUCUUGAGCUCAGGUGGAGUGGUGUCAGCAUUGAGGACUGGUGGAGAAAUGAACAGUUUUGGGUCAUUGGUGGAACAUCAGCACAUCUUUUUGCUGUGUUCCAAGGUUUGUUGAAAGUUCUUGCUGGGAUUGAUACAAACUUUACUGUUACUUCCAAGGCAUCAGAUGAUGAUGGAGACUUUGCUGAGCUUUAUGUGUUCAAAUGGACAACACUUCUCAUCCCUCCAACUACAGUUCUGAUUUUCAACAUGGUCGGUAUUGUUGCUGGUGUUUCACAUGCCAUAAACAGUGGCUACCAAUCUUGGGGACCACUCUUUGGGAAGCUCUUCUUUGCAAUAUGGGUUAUUGCCCAUUUGUACCCAUUCUUGAAGGGUCUCCUUGGUCGACAAAACCGCACACCUACCAUUGUCAUUGUUUGGUCGAUUCUUCUUGCUUCGAUCUUUUCGUUGCUGUGGGUGCGUAUCGAUCCAUUCACCUCCGAUGCUGCGAAAGCUGCAUCUCAAUGUGGCGUCAACUGUUAGUACACUUAACACUUCAUUCAUUCAUUUUUGUGUUAUGUGUAUAUAACAAACAAACAACAAACCAAACUUUUGAAGUUAUGUAUGUGCCUUUUGCUUGGGUCCGAAAGGUAAUCUGGUGGUGGUGGAUAUGAUAAAUUAUUAAACAUUUUUUAUGUACUUUCUCUAAGUGAAGUAUUAGCUAUCUACUUGGAAUAUUUUGUGUCUUGUGCAGUCUUGUGAUGAAUUUCAUUCAUUGCAAACGGUUAUAUAUUAUCUUCAUCACUUUUAUGCCUUGUUGUGAUUUUUGUUAUCAAUCUUCUUAUUUCAAUACUAUAUUUCCCCCCUAAACAAA